AUGGUCACGUCUACCAAGGCCAGCCGCUCGAGCUUGUCAAAGAAGCCAGCGGCAGCUUCAAGCUUUGCAAAGAAACCCGCCAAGCCAAACGCCAGCAUCCUCAACUUCUUCCAGAAAGCCGCGAAACAGGAGGAUUCACUCUUUGUCGGUGCGGUGCCUGCGGAAAUAGCUCAUCAGGACGAAUCGCAGACCCUGGACCACGACGCUCGAUUUAAUGAGGUGGAACGACCGAGCAAGAAAAGGAGAGUCAGUCAGGAGUCUAUCCAACCAGUGGCGAAGAAGGAAACAGCAGACGCAGCAGAAGCACCGGCUCAGAAUAGCACGAUCAAGCCGGCAAAGCCCGCGAGCGGAGACGAGUCAAAGAAGCCCAAACGGCAGAUCAAGACACCUUUCAUCAUAGAGUCCGAUAGCGAGGAAGAUGACGAUGCCGAGGAUACAAAUAGAGCAACAUGUACAGUCGACUCCCAAGAGACCUCGACGGAUGCCCAAUUUCACCAGCUGGGGGACUUCGCUGACCUGGACGAGUUGGGCUUAGAUGAGUUUGAAGGCGAGGAGAUGCGGGAAAUGCGCUUCAUGCGGGAGCAGGCUCGACUUGAAGCGGAAGAAGCCGGGAUUCCAGGCGACGAUGUCGACGAUCUCUUGAAUGAUCAGGCUUCGGUAGAGGACUGCCCGAUCUGUGGCGGCAGCCUGCUCGGCGUCUCCCCAGAUGAAGCUACACGACAUGUCAACUCAUGCCUCGAUGGCAAUCCAAUUACGCUCCCCACGAGCAAUGGCGCGACAAUCAAGAACGCGACAAUCAAGGAGGAGGACGCAGAAGUCGAAAAGGCGGCCACCCAGGUAGAGGCCGCUGAGAUGAGCAAGAGAUUCGCCCGGGCAGCCGUACCAAGGCCGGGCCAGACAAAUCCUUUCGAGGUCAACGCCGAUAAGCAGUCAAAGAGCGCCUUCUCAAAGCUCAUGUCCGGAAAUGCUGAAGAUACAGCUUGGGCUACAGCGGCGGCUGCAGAAACGGCGUCACGAGGACGACCUGCUUACGAACGGACAUGUCCAUUCUACAAGAUUAUGCCUGGCUUCUCAAUAUGCGUUGAUGCAUUCCGCUACGGUGCCGUGGAGGGAUGCCAGGCCUACUUUCUCAGCCACUUUCACAGCGACCACUACAUCGGCCUCACAGCAAAUUGGCGGCACGGCCCAAUCUACUGCAGCAAGGUGACGGGCAGCUUGGUCAAGCAACAGCUUCGGACAGCAGCCAAGUGGGUUGUUGAGCUUGAGUUUGAAAAGUCCUAUGAUGUUCCCGGAACCGAUGGCGCAACGGUCACCAUGAUGCCGGCCAACCACUGCCCCGGAAGCUCCCUGUUCCUCUUUGAGAAGCCCUUUGGAACUGGACCGAAUAAGAGGGUAAAGAGGAUAUUACACUGCGGCGAUUUUCGGGCCUGUCCACAACACGUGCGGCACCCCCUACUCAAAGCCGAUGUAGUAGACUCAAUAUCGGGCAAAACAAAGCAGCAGCGGAUUGAUAUUUGCUACCUCGACACGACAUAUCUGAACCCGCGAUACUCUUUCCCUCCUCAAGGAGACGUCAUCCAAGCCUGUGCGGAUAUGUGUGCAUCCAUGGCGGCAGAUUCCCAUUGCGCGGAUGACGUUUGGCAGAGAUCAGAGAAGUCGGCUGGGACAGGCACCAUGAGCAAAUACUUCCAGAGCGACAAGCCAGCGGAAGAUGGUGAGGAGUCGAAGUCAAGCCCCUCCCGACCGAAGCAGCGCCUCCUCGUGAUCUGCGGAACUUACUCCAUCGGAAAGGAGAGAAUUUGCGUGGCCAUAGCCAAAGCCCUUGGCUCCAAGAUCUUUGCCUCUCCAGCCAAGAUCAAGAUAUGCAAACAGCUCGAUGAUCCAGAACUGACGGCGCUGCUGACGUCUGAUCCCGUGGAAGCUCAAGUGCACAUGCAGAUGCUCAUGGAGAUUCGCGCUGAAACACUGCAAGAGUACCUGGACAGCUACAGGCCUCACUUCACUCGCAUCGUCGGCUUCCGCCCCAGCGGCUGGAAUUUCCGGCCCGGAAACGGCAGCAAGGCGAUUGGAGCCAACACCCCACCGAGCAGCAUAUCGACGCAGCAGCUCCUCCACGGGAAGGGCUGGAGGACGAGAUUCAGCGCAAAGGACCUCGUUGCGCAGAGGGGCAGCACGAGAGAGGCUAUGUGUUUUGGCGUGCCGUAUUCCGAGCAUAGCAGUUUCCGUGAGCUGGCCAUGUUUGUCAUGGGUCUGCGCAUUGAUAAAGUGAUUCCCACUGUCAAUGUCGGCAGCGAGCAGUCGCGGAAGAGGAUGAAGGGCUGGAUCGAUCGAUGGAUGACGGAGAGGAGAAAGGGUGGGCUGGUGAGGCCGUUGGUGGAGGGUGAAGACGAGGAGCAUGCAAAGAGUAUACCGUUGUGGGAAGGGAAAGCCGGCGAGGGAGGGGGCGCUUGGUGGUGA